AUGUCCUCUGCUGCGCAAAUCACCAUCCCGCUACCCUCCCUGCCCGAGGGAUGGAGUGCGGAGAAAGACUUCAAGGCCGUCGGCCACAUCUCAAGCGCCGCGCAGCGCUGCAUCGAGCCCGUCGGCCCUCACUUCCUCGCCCACGCCCGUCGAUCACGCAACAAGCGCACCUUUUCCGAGGAUGAUCGCAUCCAGGCGCAGGAGAACGCCAAAAAGGUCGAAGACGGCGAGGAGAGCGACGCCAGCGAGCCCGAGGACCCCAUGAUGCUGCAGCUGCAGGCCAAGGACUGGAAGACCCAGGAUCACUACAAGGUGCUCGGCAUCACAAAGUACCGCUGGAAGGCCACCGAGGAGCAGAUCAAGAAGGCGCACCGCAGAAAGGUGCUCAAGCAUCACCCCGACAAGAAGGCGGCCCAGGGCGCCACCGAGGAUGACCAGUUCUUCAAGUGCAUCCAAAAGGCCACCGACGUCCUCCUCGACCCCGUCAAGCGUCGCCAGUACGACUCGGUCGACGACGAGGCCGACGUCGAGCCGCCGACCAAGAAGCAGCUGCAAAAGGGCGACUUCUACAAGCUGUGGUCCAAGGUCUUCAAGUCCGAGGCCCGCUUCUCCAAGUCGCACCCGGUGCCGACGUUUGGCGCCGUCGACUCCGGCAAGGACCACGUUGAGGAGUUUUACAACUUCUGGUACAACUUUGACAGCUGGCGAAGCUUCGAGUACCUCGACGAGGACGUGCCGGACGACAACGAGAACCGUGACCAGAAGCGCCACGUCGAGCGGAAGAAUGCCAGCGCGCGCAAGAAGAAGAAGGCCGAGGACAACACGCGUCUGCGCAAGCUGCUAGACGACGCGUCGGCGGGCGACGAGCGCAUCAAGCGCUUCCGACAGGAGGCCAACGCGGCCAAGAACAAGAAGCGCCUCGACAAGGAGGCGGCCGAGAAGCGCGCGGCCGACGAGGCGCAGGCCAAGAAGGAGGCCGAGGCGAAGGCGGCCCAGGAGGCUGAGGAGCGCGCCAAGACGGAGCGUGAAUCGUCCAAGAAGGCCAAGGAGGCGGCCAAGAACGCCAUCAAGAAGAACAAGCGCGUGCUCAAGGGCUCCGUCAAGGACGCCAACUACUUUUCCGCCGGAGGCGACGCGUCGGCGUCACAGAUCGACGCCGUGCUGAACGACGUCGAGCUCGUCCAGGGCAAGAUUGACGCCGACGAGAUUGCCGCCCUGGCCGGCAAGCUGAACGGUCUGACCGUCGCCGACAAGAUCAAGGCGGUGUGGAGCGACGAGGUGAAGCGGCUCGUCGCUGCCGGCCAGCUCAAGGAGGGCGAUGCGAAGACGCUGAGCUAG